AGGGAUUAAGUCAACGUAAGGGUUACAAAGCAGUGUGAUCUGCUCUUAGCAUUGCUGAACCUAUCCUACUUCUCUUUCUUUCCUAUUUAUUUUUCUGUUGUUUUCCAUCUACUGCCCUUCAUGAUAAGGCAAGGUUGAAGAGGCUGAAACAGAAUACCUCCUGGACGUUUCUUACCAAAUCGCACAUCAGGGACAAAUCUCUUUGAUUAAUCACUGGAAUCUCUGAUCACUGACCUUUACAAGUCUGUAUCCAUUUGGAGUUUCUGUUUAAUGUUCUGCACAGGUUUUCCGCGGCGUCGAGUGAGCGGGCAGCCCGCAGCCGACAGCGAGUGACGGACAGCCGGCGGUGGAUGGCGCGGCGACGGUGAGAAUGUUCCAGAAGGGUCCCCGCGGGUUGUCCGGCCCUCAGCGCCAGGGGCUCGGGCUCGCGCUGUUGCUGCUCGGUGCGGGCCCGCUGCUGGCAGCCGCCCGCUCGCCCACCUUCACCAUCGGCCUGGUGGGCCCCUGGCAGUGCGACCCGGUGCUUUCCCGGGCCCUGCCCGAGCUGGCCGCCAGCUUGGCCAUCCGAGCCGUCAACCGGGACCCAUCCAUCAGCCCGGCUUACCGCUACGACUACGCGGUGUUCGACCAGGACUGCCGGACGGGCCGGGGCCUGGCCGGCUUCGCCAGGCUGGAGCGGAGAGCCUCGGGUUUCGUCGGGCCUCUCAAUCCCGGCUACUGCGCGGCGGCCGGCCUCCUAGCCGAAAGCUGGGACAAGCCGCUGGUUUCCUGGGCCUGCCCGGAUCCCGAGCCGGGAAGUCGUCGUCGUCGCCGCCGGCAAAGGACGCACCCGGCCUUCGCCACCUUCGCGAGGCCCACGCCCUCGGCCGCCGCUGUCCUGCUCCGGGUCCUCGAGCACUUCGGCUGGGCGCGGGUGGCCGUAGUGAGCUCGCAGCAAGAGCUCUGGGUGGAGACAGCCCGGGAGCUGGCCGACGGCUUGCGGCGCCGAGGCCUCCCCGUCAGCCUACUGCUCACCGCGGAAAGCGGGCGCGGAAACCAAGCCCAGCCCGAAGCAGCCGCCGCGCACGCCCUGAACCGCAUCCGACAAAUGGGCGGCGUUAGAGUGGUGGUCAUGUGCAUGCACUCGGUCUUGGUCGGAGGUGAAGACCAGCAAUUAUUCCUCCAGCAAGUGGACAGGAUGCAAAUGGCUGAUGGGAGAUACGUGUUCAUUCCCUACGACACGAUCCAUUACAGCCUUCCAUACCGUAAUGCCAGCUACCCAGUGCUGGCUGGAAAUGCGAGGUUGCAACGCUCCUAUGACGCAGUACUCACUAUCACCAUGGACUCCAAGGAUAAAGACUUCCAUCAGGUACUGGGAGAGGUCCUGGAGAAGAAUGACAUCCGUACAUCUCUGCAGCCAACCCAGGUCUCCCCAUUAUUUGGCACCAUCUACAAUGCAAUAUACUUCUUGGCCAAAGCAACGGACAGUGCCUACCAGGGAAGUAGGUGGGUGACUGGGACAAGCAUCGCCCAGCACACCAGUGGGAUGGAAUUUGAAGGAUUUAACCAGGCCUUGCAGACAGACAAAGAUGGAACUGUCAUUGCUGACUAUGUGGUUUUGGACACUGAUGGAACGGAUAGUCAACUGAAGGCAACCCACUCAGUCAACAUGGCUACAGGAGCCUUGAAUUACCUUGGCACUAACAUCCAUUUCCCACAUGGGUCAAUCCCUGGAACAGAUGCUGACUGCUGGUUUGACUCCAAGGAAGUCUGUACAGCAGGAUUAGACCCAAUGUUUGUGCUGCUGUUGUUUACCAUGGUCUCUGGUGUGAUUCUGAUCUGUGGAGCCACAAUCUAUUCCUUCAGGAAACGCUUCCUGAAACCACACCGGUCAACAGGACCCAACAAAAUCAUUCUAAAGCUGGAUGAUUUGGCAUUCAUUAAUGCACAGCUCAGCCAUAAGAGACUGAACAAUGAGAAUGAAACGUCUGUUUUAGGGAGAAGUGUCUCAGACGUGAAAAGCCCAAAGACACCCAAGCGUUCGAUAUCUGGGAAAAGUCUCACGGCAGCCACUCCAGAUACCAGCAACGUUGCCAUUUAUGAGGGAGACUGCGUUUGGCUGAAGAGGAUCGGAAAUGGAACAUUUACUGAGGUCAAACCUUUGACCAAAACUGUGUUCUCUAAGAUCCGGGAAAUGAGACACGAAAAUGUGAAUCCAUUCCUGGGGCUUUUCCAAGACUGUGGUAUCCUCGCAAUCGUCACGGAGUAUUGCUCCAGGGGUAGUCUGGAGGACCUCAUUGCAAAUAAAGACAUGAAGCUUGACUGGAUGUUCAAAUCUUCCCUUCUUCUCGACCUGAUUCUGGGUAUGAAAUUUCUUCACCAUCGUGACCUGGUUCAUGGGCGUUUGAAAUCCAGGAAUUGUCUGGUAGAUGGAAGAUUUGUGUUAAAGGUGACAGACUAUGGUUAUAAUGAGUUAUUGGCAGUUCAAAGGAUUCCGUGGAUGGAACCGAAGCCAGAAGACCGACUUUGGACGGCACCAGAACUUCUCCGAGACGCGAGCCUGGAGCAGAAGGGAACUUUCUACGGAGAUGUCUACAGCUUCUCCAUCAUUAUUCAGGAAUUGAUAGUGCGAGGACCUCCAUUCUCCAUGCUGGACUUGAGCCCUAAUGAUAUCAUCAAGAAAGUUCAGAAGCCUCCACCACUGUGCCGGCCCUCUGUCUCACCAGAUCUUGCCCCCAUGGAGUGCAUCCAGAUCAUGAAACAAUGUUGGAGUGAGCAACCCGAGAGACGAACCAAUUUUGACCAGAUCUUUGACCAGUUUAAAAACAUUAACAAGGGCAAGAAGACAAACAUUAUUGACUCAAUGCUGCGGAUGCUGGAGCAGUACUCCAGCAAUCUGGAGGACCUGAUCAAAGAGAGAACAGAGGAGCUGGAGAUCGAGAAGCAGAAAACUGAACAACUCCUGACGCAGAUGCUGCCACCCUCUGUUGCCCAGGCACUGAAGAGAGGUGUCCCAGUGGAGCCUGAGCAUUUUGAGCAGGUGACCAUCUACUUCAGCGACAUUGUUGGCUUCACCACCAUUUCAGCCAUGAGCGAACCCAUCGAGGUGGUCGACCUUCUCAACAACCUCUAUACAUUGUUUGAUGCCAUCAUCGGCUCCCACGAUGUCUACAAGGUUGAAACGAUUGGAGAUGCAUACAUGGUGGCAUCCGGACUUCCAACUCGUAAUGGGAACCGACAUGCAGCAGAAAUAGCUAACAUGUCCCUGGACAUCCUCAGCAGCAUGGGGACCUUCAAGAUGAGGCAUAUGCCUGAAGUUCCAGUGCGGAUCCGAAUUGGAUUGCAUUCAGGUCCAUGUGUGGCAGGGGUAGUAGGACUGACCAUGCCAAGAUACUGUCUCUUCGGAGACACUGUCAACACCGCUUCACGGAUGGAGUCUACUGGUUUGCCCUAUCGAAUCCACUUGAAUGAGAGCACAGUCGCUGUUUUAAAGAACCUCAACCUGGGCUACAAAGUAGAACUGCGAGGGAAGACUGAAUUGAAGGGCAAAGGCUUUGAGGAUACCUUUUGGCUGGUUGGAAGAGAGGGCUUUAAUAAACCAUUGCCGACUCCUCCAGAUCUCUUACCAGGAGCCAAUAACCAUGGCCUUAAUUUGGAGGAAGUUCCCCUAGAGAGAAGACAGAAGCUGAUGAAGGCACGCAAUAUGAAAUAGACAAAGGAGCAAGUAAUAGUGCGUCAGCUCCCAGGGACCUAAAGACAGUCUUGCAUUUCUGUAACACCUUUCACAGUCCGUGGAUGCCACAGCCAAUGAUGAUGCGCUUUUUCAGCCUGAAGUAUAGUCGCUGUUCUAUCGUUGGAGAUAUGGUGGCCAAUUGCGCACGGGAAGAUCCUACAAGCGGCAAUGCGUUUACUUGUCUAUUAUUUUUGAACAAAAAUGAAGAGAGUGGAAUGAAAAGUAUUGCUGUCCAGGGCACCAGGGAGGACAUAUCCCUGCAUCUCUCCCCUCCCAAAUAAUUUUGAAAUAACGCCGUGUGGUGGUGUAUGGACCCCCUCACCCCCCACUUCUGCUCCUUGCUACCUCGAGAGGUCAGUUCAUCUGGAAAGUGGCAUCUCUGGGCAGUGCAGCAUUGCCUCAGGAACAGUAAUUGGACUCAGCACUGUGCCUCUGACGGGAGAGGCCACCAUGAUGGGGCUGCUGACAGCUACUUUUAAAUUGUGAUUUAUGAUACCAAAAGGCUCUUAAGUGGAUGCUUCUUUUACAGUGCUAGCACGUCACUGGCCUCACCACCUCAAGAGGUCCCAAACUGUUCUUAAGUACUUUUCAAUUGUUGUAUUAUUAGAAACAGGACAGCCAAAUACCUGCACAUCAAGCUCCCACAAACAGCUCCAUGCUCACCACCAAAUAUUCCCAGCUCGUGCUUUUGGCUUCAAAAUAAAUAUUGGCCCCGGGAUGAUGAGGAUUUCUUUCUCUGUCCCACCUGAAAGACGGCACUGAUAACUGCUGCCCCACUACCCUCCUGUCCCACGUGGGGGACAUCAGUCUGAAUAUUGUUACUCUAGUCUCUGGAGUGGGGGCCUUGACCUCACAAUCUUUAGGCUCAGGAGAGAGCUAGACAAAGGGAGCAAGCACUACCCAAUGGUCAAGGACUGACGAACUUUGAAAAUAAAAGUUCUUUCUACAUUUGCGUCAGGCCAGCCAUUGUGAAAUGUGUUUCUCUGCACUCCGUGUGCCUUUGCCUUUUGUGUGCCCUCGGCCUCUGGAUGAAAGCCAUGGUCAAAGCUUGCACGGGUACAACAAUACCCUGCAUUUCCAUGGCACCAUUGACAGGGCACAAAGGAGAAACAAUCCCAGGGCAAAACAAUGAGGGUGAGUAAUCUCCACUGAGGGCUGGUACAAUUGCUUGUUGCACUGGCACGUGUGCUAUCACACCCAGUGCUGUGUAAAGUGAUUAUCUUUCAGUAUUCACACCAUGAAU